AUGAAAGAUGAUGUUCAACGAGUUAUUCUGUUAACAAAUGUUGCCGUGAACAUCCCUCUGGCUUUGACCUCUGUUAUUGGGAAUUCUAUGGUUCUACACGCAAUACGGAAAACGCCAUCUCUUCGAUCGCCACUAACUUUUCUUAUCUGUGGAUUGGCUUUAUCAGAUCUCGCUGUUGGUACACUUGUGCAACCUUUCUUUAUAGCAGAUAUUUUGGUUCAGUUGUAUGUUCAGUCUCAGGGAUUUAAACAUACAUUUCGUCGUUGUUACAACACAAUUGGCUUCUACCUGUGUGGAGUGUCACUAUGUACAAUAGCUUGUAUUAGCAUUGACAGGCUUAUCGCUGUUCAAAAACCCUUACGAUAUCCAAGUAUUGUCACAACGUACAGAAUAAGCCGUCUGCUAUUGGCAAUUUGGUCAAUUUGCUUAUUAUUGGCAAGUUCCCAAUUCUGGGAGGAAAGACUACUAUUUGCUUCAAUAGCAUCUGUGGUAAGCAUUUCUCUAAGUGCCUCCACUAUUUCUCACGUUAAAAUGUACAAAAUCGUUCGUCGCCAUCAAGCUGAGAUUGGUGUUCAGCUGCAAGCCGUCGAAAACCGUCUUACUAUAAUUAACAUGAAGAGACUUCAUAAAUCGGCAUUUAACGCCUUUAUUGUUUUCGUAGUCCUUUUUGUCUGCUAUUUUCCCUAUCUGGUUGUCUACAUUGCGACUUCCAGUUCUAGAAAUAACAGUGCGACUGUCGCAAGAUCGCUGUCUUCAACAGUUGUGUUUACAAACUCUGCCUUGAAUCCAAUUGUGUAUUGUUGGAGAUUACGCAAGAUAAGGAAAGUUGUAUUGCGAAUUUUUUAUGACAUGUGUAGAGUGAUUAAAAGGUAG